AUGGCGAACUCAUCUACCGAUGACGCUACGUGGGUCUCUGAACUUCAGCUUUCAGAGCCUCCUUCGGGGUUUUCGGCACCGGAACUUGGGCCAUGCGCUCAUUCGGUAGAGGGGUACGCGAACAAGAAACGUCUGAUCGUUUGUUGUGAUGGAACAUGGAACAACUCAAACCAAAAGGGAAACAUCGCCACCAAUGUAUCCCGUCUAGCAGCUGCUGUGGCCCAUAAGUGCUGCACUGGAAUGCCACAGGUUGUAUACUACCACCGAGGCGCAGGAACUGAGGAGUCCAAAGUAGCGCAGUAUCUUGGUGGAGUUUUUGGAAAGGGUGUCAAGCAGGACAUUGCCGACGUUUACCGCUUCAUCUGCGACAACUACAACCCUGGAGAUGAACUUUUUAUUAUCGGCUUCUCCCGAGGUGCUUUCACUGCGCGAUCCGUUUCAGGUAUGGUUUGCAGCAUUGGAUUGCUCAACCGUGUUGGUCUUGCAAACUUCGGUGACAUCUUCCAUGACUAUCAGAACUUCCCCAAAUGGAAGCCCGGAACGAGCUUUAAUAAGGAAGACCACCUUGUUGGCUUUACGCUGUCCAAUUAUGAACGCCUUGAGAGAUUCAAGGCCGCGGAUGGUCGUGCAGAGAAAAGAGACCACGCCACUAUGCGUAAGGAUCUCGAGGAGGAGAAGAACAAGUUCUUUGAGAAAAUGGUUCAAUGCAAGUCUCCAUCCGGACGAGGAAUGGAUCUCGCGCUUAUGGCCAAAAAGUAUCGUGACCUUCUUGAAAAGCACCAAAUGAUUCUAUGUGAGAAGAAAAAGCAGGAGAGAGACGGGAAGCAAGGCUUUUUCUUCGUCCCACUGGACGUACAGGUUGAGGCUGUUGGUGUGUGGGACACAGUCGGCAGCCUUGGAUGGCCCAAGAUGCCUUGGGAAAAGAUCCGCAGGGAUCGGCACGCCGACGAACUUCGAUUCGCUAGCCUCAAUGUCCACCCCAAUGUCAAGCAUGCCUUCCAUGCGCUUGCUCUCGAUGAAUGGCGAACUGCCUUUAGCCCAACUCUUUGGGGUAAAAAGGGAAAUUCUACGACCAAACUUCGUCAGGUCUGGUUCCCAGGAAGCCACAGUAACGUUGGUGGCGGCUGGGAGGACCAGCAGAUCGCGACUAUCGCUCUGGCUUGGAUGGCUGACCAACUUUCUUCGGUCGGUGUGGAAUUCAGCACCCCUGAGAUGAAGCGUAUCUUCUGGACACUGGAAGAAGGCGUUGAAGCCAGAGAAUGGGCGAAGGGCAAGAUCUCGAGCCCUUCUGCGACGUCAGCUUUGCCCGACAAGGCUUACAACGCAGUUUGGUAUCCCUGGCAGAGAAUCAAGGGCGUUAACACCGUUGCCGGCACUCGCACUCCAGGUGGAUACAAGGAGGAUGGUGGAAAGGCUGUCAUCGAGGCCCCCAAUGAACUGAUCCACCCCUCUGUCCGUAUCCGCUACCUCUAUGACGGACUGGGUUUGGACGAUGCCGGUGAAUGGGACUGCCCCGCGCUCACAGGGAACGGCUAUAAACUUGAGAAAAGUACCGAACCAUCCCAGAUCGAGAAUGACACUCACAAAAGCUUUGGUUCCGUAUACGAGACGCUGUCUGGGAAGGUUUCGUCGGUUCAUGGCGGAUUUCCCGUCGACUCCAAGCCUGAUCAAAAGCUUGUUGUUCAUCAACUGCCUUAUGAGUCUGAUCUUUACCAGCUUGAAGAGGCUGCAAACAACUGGGUGUGGGCCAAAGCCGACAAUACUUUCCUUCGUGAGGAACGAAUCGGUAUGUGGGAGCGACUAUUCAUCAGCAUCAACCACAAGCUGCUCGAGAGGCAGACUCGUGAGAAGCUGGCAAGAGAGGAACAGGAGCGAAGGUACCCAACAAGAAAGAGCUUGAGGGAAGGACUCCGAUCAUGGGUUGGUGAUCGGGUCGAAAACGCUCGCGGGGUGGCAGGCGAUGUGCUUAAUAAGACUCUUGACAAGCUACUUCCCACCCCGGAGAAGCUUAAGCCUUUGGAAUACCCUCCAAAGUUCGGAUACCAUGACUUCGUCUCAUGGCAGCGGGGUGAUACGUCGGCGAGAGUUCAAAGAGUGUGA